UAGGAAAUAACACUUACUACCCAGGAACCAAAAAAAAAAAAAAAUUGUUACGCGGUGUAAUGUUUAUCUAGACUUCGUGAACAAGAAAAGUACAAUUCUUUCCAUCUGGAUUAAUGUUCACGGGUGUAGAGCUAGUAGUGCUAUUUCAUAAGCACACCAAGUGAAUGGCUGUGCUCUAUGACAAAUGCAAUUGCUGGAAACUGCAGAAGCUUUAUUAAGAUGUUAUGUAAAGAUAUUGCAGAUCUUUUGGAUAUACCCACAGUUCUGUAGCUCUUCUCUGUGUGGACAGAUAAUUGGUAACUACUUCCUACCGCAGAUUGUGUGCCAAGUUAAUUGUCCCUCUGAGUUAAUUUUAAAUGUCAGGAAUCAAUGGAGAGCCCCUUGAUUUACACACACCGUGUGACCUUCAAAGCAACAUAACAGACCACAAGUUUCUCAAGAGAUUUAUUGAAUAUGUUCUUGUCAGCUUUCAAAAAUAAAAACACAUUGGCGCUGAAAAAAGAAAGUGAAAAUAUGUGACUUGAGCACAGCAGUCACAAGGGUCAUACAACUACUGUUUUUAAUUUGAAUGUAUUUGCAUUUGCAUUACCAUAGUAUGUGCCCUCUGAUUAGUUUCAUGUUGAAAUGGGGUGUGUGUGUGUUAUUUGCCCAGUCUAAUGAAAACCUUUUGUUUUUUGUUUUUUAAAUUAAACACCCCUGUUUCAAUAAGGCACAUCCUACACAGGAUAUACUGGCUUUUAUAAAAUGCAACAUCAUGUUAAAUGAGGUGAUGGAGCAGGGUGGUCUUUUCUUUCAUAUGGUACAUAUUUUGUUGUGUUUUUUUUUUUUUUUUUUUUUUUUUUUUUACAGGAUACGGUUACAACAUAAUAGGAUACUGUAUUUACUCCACGUGACAAGUUAUAUUUGUUUGAAUAAAAACAGGACCUGUUCAUAAACUGCAGCACACAUGACGUAAGGCCUUAUGCUCAUUUAGUUUAGAGCAUACAAUCGUGUAAACCACGUGAGAGUAGGACCCAUAGAGCGCUGAAGUGAAUGUAUCUGGUGAAACGGGAUUACACUGCAGGGGUUGCCAGAUUCCGAGCCUAGCCCUAGUUCUGACAGUGAGGGUCUUGCUGAAAGGACAUCAUGCUCAUUUGGCUCCCACUCAGAUCUGGCUCCCAACCCCUCUGAUUCCUCUCCCCCCUCCUCCAUGGAAGAGAUCCAGGUGGAGCUGCAGUGUUCCGACCUCUGGAAGAGAUUCCAUGAGAUUGGCACGGAAAUGAUCAUAACUAAAGCUGGCAGGCGUAUGUUUCCAGCGAUGAGAGUCAAAAUCCUGGGCCUAGAUCCCCAUCAGCAGUACUACAUUGCCAUGGAUAUAGUUCCAGUGGACAACAAGAGAUAUAGGUACGUGUAUCACAGCUCGAAGUGGAUGGUUGCAGGGAACGCAGACUCCCCAGUCCCUCCUCGGGUUUACAUCCAUCCCGACUCACUGGCCUCAGGAGAUACUUGGAUGAGACAGGUGGUCAGCUUCGACAAACUCAAGCUGACCAACAAUGAGCUGGACGAUCAAGGACAUAUAAUUCUUCACUCCAUGCAUAAGUACCAGCCGCGGGUUCAUGUAAUUCGGAAGGAUUUUAGCAGCGACCUCUCGCCAACUAAACCUGUCCCUGCAGGAGAAGGGGUGAAAACAUUCAGCUUUCCAGAGACGGUGUUCACUACUGUGACUGCUUACCAGAACCAACAGAUCACCAGGUUAAAAAUUGAUAGAAACCCUUUUGCUAAAGGAUUCAGGGACUCGGGAAGAAACAGAACUGGCCUGGAGGCCAUCAUGGAGACGUAUGCUUUUUGGAGACCCCCAGUUCGGACCCUCACCUUUGAGGAUUUUACCACCAUGCAGAAACAACAAGGGGGAAGCACAGGAACAUCUCCAACAACAUCCAGCACUGGUACUCCAUCUCCAUCUGCCUCUUCCCAUCUCCUUUCUCCUUCCUGCUCUCCUCCCACCUUUCACCUGGCACCCAACACCUUUAAUGUGGGCUGCAGGGAGAGCCAGCUAUGCAAUCUCAACCUCUCAGAAUACCCGGCCUGUGCCAGGAGCAACAUGGCGGCCCUCCAAAGCUACCCAGGCUUAGGGGACGGCUCAUACGGCAGAAGCACUUCCGCCAGUCAGUCCUUCGAAAAUCCCAUGCCUCAGAGGACUCCGUCUUUAAUUUCUGGAAUGCAGGCCUCUCCUGCUGCUUUGCCUGGCAACAGCAAGAUGGACACCUACAGUGGUCAACUGGGUUCCUUCCCCACCUCUCAGCUCCAGUAUGUCAUGCAGACAGGAGGUUCUGCCUCCAGCUCCUCCUCUUCCCACAUGUUCAGCGGAAGCCACAUGCAACAGGGAUCUUACAACGCGUUCUCCCUGCACAAUCCGUACAACAUCUAUGGAUAUAAUUUCCCAGCUACUCCAAGACUGGCCACCAGUCCAGAGAAACUGACAGCAUCACAGAACAGUAUACUCUGCUCGCCUUCCCCUAAUGGUCCCUUUGGAGACAGGCAAUACCUAUCAACGGGGAUGGAUGGGAUGCACAUGAUCAGCAACCCGUCUUCUUCCCAGCAGAGUGCAAAUACCUGCGAUAGCCGUCAGUAUGGAACUGUACCAGGCCCAUCCUCACAAAUGUCAGUGCACAUGGUGUAAACAAGAUCGUCAUUAAGGAUUUUUUUUUUCUUGUACUCAAAUGAAGGAAACAUGGUUGUUAUACGUGAUGCCUCAACAUGAAGGGGUGAAAAGGAACCUCUUUCCUCUACUUUGUCUGCAACCCUCAAAGAGAGUAGCAUUUAAAUUAACAAAAAUGAAAAUAACUAUAAGAAGAAAAUCUGUUGCUGGAAAGUGUAUCUACAGUAAUUUUGUGAUGGACUGCAGCGGCCCCCCACCCAGAACUGGAAAGGCAAGAUCAAAUCGCACACUUUCUUGGGGGGGGGGGGGUUGCCAUGAUAAAAGUCCAUGCCUGAGCCAUUAUAAAGUGGACAAUCCUUUAUGACACACUGUUAAACUUGGGAUAAGUAUAUGAAUAUAUCACCCUGCAUAGAUCAUUCUAAAUGAAACCCUCACCAACAAAAAACGAAUGGACUAAAUAUCUUUGGUUUAGACAGCAAACAGAGAAUUCUUGGAUCUUGAAGAUUGAAAAGUGUGGCUCACUGCCAUUUGUAGAAAGAGAUGUCUCUUGUUUGAAUAUCUGGGCGAAUAUAAUUCUACUAUAAGUGGAAGGUAUAUUAACUAUUUCAGCUUCUGAAUUUAAAACUGGGAGAGAGGGAAUGGAAAUAUUUAGUAGCAUUACACAGAGACUGUCCUGAUAAACCAGAUAGACACAGAAUCAUGGAAUUAAUAUAAAUGGUAUGAUUGAUUCUCAAAAUAUGCUAUUCCAUUCCCCCUAUACCCAGAAAUAUUUAAAACUCUUGCUUCACCAGAUGCAUUGUGGGAUUGUCUAAAAUACAGCCUGGUAAAAGCAAAGGCUUUAAGUUGUGUGCAAAAAGUAAUAGGAGUCAGAAUUGUAAAGGUUUUGAUGUGUUGUAGAUAAAUGUAUUUAUGUGCCUAGCAUUAAUGCAAGUAUAUAGAUUCAAAAAGGCUAGUAAGAUGUACGUAAAAUGUAAAAAAAACAAAAAAAAAACACAGAGGUAUAAAAAAAGG